CUCUGCACCACAAUUUCCACCACCGUUUCCCCCUCACAGUCGUCGAAACAACAAUCCGUACUACGGAGCAAGCGGGGUGAGAGAACGUCCAAAACCGCUUCUGACCGCCACUUUCAAACUCAUUUAGCUACGGAAUUGUGUCGAAAUUGCGCUGAUAUCUCUGCAAUAACUUCCAAAGUUAGGAUUCUGUUGGAACUACAUUCUGAUAACGAGGUCUUAUGCGAAGGCUUUGUCGCCCGGUGCUUUGCGAGGAUAUCAAGUCAGUCAUAAGUUGAGGUUGUCCAGAAGAUGUUACAGAAAUGAUAGCGGCACCAGAAAUACCGUCAGAGUUCCACUACCCUCAGGAUUCAGACACGCGCUUCUCCUCAGACACAGACUUCUCCGAGGAUCCCGAUGGAAGAAACACAAUCCCAGCCAAAGGAAAGGGUGGGAAGAAGGGGAAGAAGCCUGCGGGGGAGAAGGGAAAGGGGGGGAAGGGCGCCGGCAGGAUGAAUGGCCACCACCAGGAGAACGGCAUGGAAAACAUGAUGCUGUUCGAGGUGGUCAAGCUUGGAAAGAGCGCCAUGCAGUCAGUGGUGGAUGACUGGAUAGAGUCCUACAAGCACGACCGCGACGUCGCGCUUCUAGACCUCAUCAACUUCUUCAUCCAGUGUUCCGGCUGCAAAGGUGUGGUCAGCGGCGAAAUGUUCCGAAACAUGCAGAACUCCGAGAUCAUCCGGAGAAUGACAGAGGAGUUUGACGAGGACAGCGGGGACUACCCUCUGACCAUCGCGGGGCCGCAGUGGAAGAAGUUCAAGUCGAGCUUCUGCGAGUUCAUCGGCGUCCUGGUGCGCCAGUGCCAGUACAGCAUCAUCUACGACGAGUACAUGAUGGACACGGUCAUCUCCCUCCUCACCGGCCUGUCCGACUCCCAGGUCCGAGCCUUCCGACACACCAGCACGCUCGCAGCCAUGAAGCUGAUGACGGCCCUGGUGAAUGUAGCUCUCAACCUGAGCAUCAACAUGGACAACACCCAGCGGCAGUACGAAGCGGAGAGGAACAAGAUCGUGGCCAAGAGGGCCAACGACAGGCUGGAGCUACUGCUGCAGAAACGCAAAGAGCUCCAAGAGAACCAGGAUGAGAUUGAAAACAUGAUGAACGCCAUAUUCAAGGGGGUGUUUGUCCACAGAUAUCGUGAUGCCAUAGCAGAGAUCAGGGCCAUCUGCAUAGAGGAGAUCGGCGUGUGGAUGAAGUUGUACAGCGACGCCUUCCUCAACGACAGCUACCUGAAAUACGUGGGCUGGACCAUGCACGACAAGCAAGGCGAGGUGCGCUUGAAGUGUCUGACAGCCCUGCAGGGUCUCUACUACAACAGAGAGCUCAACACCAGACUGGAGCUGUUCACCAGCCGCUUCAAGGACCGUAUCGUCUCCAUGACGCUGGACAAGGAGUACGACGUGGCGGUCCAAGCAAUAAAGCUGCUCACCCUCGUUCUGCAUAGCACGGAUGAGGUGCUGAGCCCCGAGGACUGCGAGAGCGUCUACCACCUCGUCUACUCGGCCCACCGGCCCGUCGCCAUAGCAGCCGGGGAGUUCCUCUUUAAGAAGUUGUUCAGCCAACGAGAGGCAGAGGAGGAGGGCGCCCCCAAGAGGCGGGGCAGACAGAGCAUCAACGCCAACCUCAUCAAAACCACAGUCUUCUUCUUCCUGGAGAGUGAGCUCCACGAGCAUGCAGCCUACCUGGUGGACUCUCUGUGGGAGAGCGGGGCGGAGCUGCUGAAGGACUGGGAGUGUAUGACCAGCCUGCUGCUGGACGAGGCCCUGCCCGGAGAGGAGGCGCUGACAGACAGACAGGAGACGGCCCUCAUUGAGAUCAUGCUGUGCACGGUGCGCCAGGCGUCAGAGUGCCACCCGCCUGUCGGCCGCGGCACAGGGAAGAGGGUGAUGACGGCCAAGGAGAAGAAGACCCAGCUCGACGAUAAGACCAGGAUCACAGAGCUGUUUGCUGUGUCACUACCCCCCCUGCUGGCCAAGUAUUCGGUAGAUUCAGAGAAAGUCACCAACCUGUUGCAGCUGCCUCAGUACUUUGACCUGGAGAUCUACACCACAGGGCGCCUGGAGAAGCACCUGGAGUCCCUGCUGCGUCAGAUCCGGGAGAUCGUCGAGAAGCACACAGACACGGAGGUGCUGGAGGCCUGCUCCAAGACCUACCACGCCCUCGCCAACGAGGAGUUCACCAUCUUCAACCGGGUGGACAUCGCCCGCUCGCAGCUGCUGGACGAGCAGGUGGACAAGUUCAACCGGCUGCUGGAGGAGUUCCUGCAGGAGGGGGAGGAGGUCGACGAGGACGAUGCCUACCAGGUCCUGUCCACCCUGAAGAGGAUCACAGCCUUCCACAACGCUCAUGACCUGUCCCAGUGGGACCUGUUCACCAGCAACUUCAAACUGCUCAACACAGGCAUCGAGAACGGAGACAUGCCCGAGCAGAUAGUGAUCCACGCGCUGCAGUGCACACACUACGUCAUUUUGUGGAACCUGGCCAAGGUUUCGGAAGGACACAACUCCAGAAAGGAUGAGAUGACCACCCUGAGGAAGCAGAUGAGGGCAUUCUGCAUGAUGUGCCAGCGCUACCUCACCAACGUCAACACAGCCGUCAAAGAACAGGCGUUCACCAUCCUGUGCGACCUGCUGCUGAUCUUCAGCCACCAGAUGGUGUCUGGGGGCCGGGAGCAGCUGGAGCCCCUGGUGUACUCUCCUGAGGACUCCCUGCAGGCCGAGCUGCUCUCCUUCAUCCUGCACCACGUCUUCAUCGACCAGGACGAGGACACCAGCAGCACCGACGGCCAGCAGGACGACGAGGCAGGGAAGAUCGAGGCUCUCCACAAACGGAGGAACCUGCUGGCGGCAUACUGCAAGCUCAUCAUCUACUGUGUGGUGGACAUGAAGACCGGAGCAGACAUCUUCAAACAGUACAUGAGGUACUAUAACGACUACGGCGACAUCAUCAAGGAGACCAUGAGUAAGACCAGGCAGAUCGACAAGAUCCAGUGUGCCAAGACCCUCAUCCUCAGUCUGCAGCAGCUGUUUAACGAGAUGCUGUCGGACUUGGGCCACGGCUUCGACCGCUCGUCCUCGUCCUUCUGUGGGAUCAAGGAGCUGGCCCGCCGCUUCUCCCUCACCUUCGGCCUGGACCAGGUCAAGACCCGGGACGCCAUCGCCAUGCUGCACAAGGAUGGUAUCGAGUUUGCGUUCAAGGAGCCCAGCCCCCAGGGCGAGGGGAACCCCCCCCUCCACCUGGCCUUCCUGGACAUUCUCAGCGAGUUCUCCUCCAAACUCAUGAGGCAGGACAAGAGGACUGUUCACAUGUACCUGGAGCGCUUCAUGACCUUCCAGAUGGCCCUGCAGCGUGAGGACUGCUGGCUGCCCCUGAUCUCCUACAGGAACUCCCUGCAGGCGGGCGGCGACGACGACACCAUGUCUGUGAUGAGCGGCUACUCCAGCCGCGGCUCCUCGGUGCGCUCCAAGAAGACCAAGCCCUCCACCGCCGGCUCUGUUGCCGGCUCCUCCGUCUCCUCCACCGCCGCCGCCAAGCGGAAACUUCCGGAAGAGGAGAGCAGCAGCAGCAGCGAGGUGUGGCAGCAGAGCAUGCAGACCCCGGUGAUGAUGCCCUCCCCCCACCUCACCUCCACCGUCAUGCGGGAGCCCAAGAGAGCCCGCGACGACAGCUUCAUGGGCGUGUACCAGCUCCCCCACGACCAGCAGCAGCAACAGCAGCAGCAGCAGCAGCCCCUCCCUCACCCGCACCCCCAGACCCCCCAGCACCACCAGACACCCAUGGACUACAAUACCCAGGUGACGUGGAUGCUCGCCCAGAGACAACAGGAGGAGGUUCGACAGCAGCAGGAGAGAGCCAUGAACUACGCCAAGCUCAGGACCAACCUGCAGCACGCCAUCCGUCGUGGAACAGGGCUGAUGGAGGAGGACGAGGAGCCAAUCGUGGAGGACGUGAUGAUGUCGUCCGAAGGUCGUAUGGACGACCUGAACGAGGGCAUGGACUUUGACACCAUGGACAUCGACCUGCCCCCGUCCAAGAACAGGCGAGAGCGAUCCGAGCUGAAGCCAGACUACUUCGACCCCGCCUCCAUCAUGGACGAGUCGGUUCUCGGGGUGUCCAUGUUUUAGUCUGCCCCUGGGCGGCUGGGGGACGAGGAGAGGAGGCGCUUUGUAUUUAAAGAGAUGCGUGACGGGGUUUUCCUCCGAAGACGAGACGUCUGCUUGAUGCUCCAUGUGGACCAAGGACACCCGCACUCAGUGUUGCUUGCUCAGAGAGGACUUGAUUUCAAACAAAAACAACAAAAAAACAACAAAAAAAACAACAUAUACUUUUAUUAUUAUAAUCCUUGGGUAAGCUGUCCCUGUUGAGUUUGUAGAAUGAUGGGCCACUUCCAAAACCAUAAGGAGUCAGACAUUUUGUCUGUAGAGAAAAAUCCAUAUUUGUAGAUUUCUUUGUUUUUGUUUUUUAUUUCCAAAUGGGGACGGAUUGAUGUGUCUAACUUAAAAAAUACCUUUUUUUUUCUCUUCCUGUCUAACCCUUUCUGUGAUAGUAGUUAGAACCAGGUGUGAUGUAGUAAUUUAUAAACAGGUUGUAGUAGCUUGCUGUACCGUUGUAGAGGUGUGGACGGAGGUCCCUUUUUCCAGUUUAUUUUUCAAAUGUUGUUUUUGUUUGUUUUUUCUUCCUCCUCCCCUUGAUGUUGGACCUGCCGGAACGGUCCGGAAUAACCACUGUUGGUUCUGAUAGUAGAAAUGUGGAAUAGUCCUUUUUUCUCUAGUGCUGUGAAGAUAGUAUCCAAUAACCCCCCCCCCCCCCCUCGCCCCCUUCAAGUCACCACAGUAAAGCAGUGAGUCCCAAGCUUACCCACAGAUUUGGACCACACAGCACCCACACCUCCUGCCAGAAAAAGCCCCCCUCCCCCCCCCCCCCCCCCCCCCCCCCCCCAGUGCCACUGGGCUGAGAGGGGACAAAAAAAAGCAGCAACGCAUUCACAAACGGUUCUCUCUCUCUCUCGUGAAACCCAGCAUAUUAGAGUGUUGAAAUAGGUAUCUACAUUUUAAAUAAAAAGUUAUAUAUGAAUCGGUGCUGAUUUUAUAACUGUGCUCUUUUUUUGUUUUAUCUCUUGUUUUCCAAAAUUUUCAACCUAAAGUCAUAAAGUUUCAGAAAUGUGUAAGUAAACUGUUAUAAAUGAGAGCAUGUGUAGUCAUGCGUCGAGGAAGAUUUCUAAAUUUGUAUUUUUAUGGUUUUUCUUUUGUCUUAAUAAUGUCUUGGGGUUUCUACCUGUUUUCCUACGUGUAAAUUAGUUUGGAUAACGACAUCGACGAACAGAUUUGUGAAAAUUCAGCUUUAAGGUUUUUCCGACACGGAACAAAAAAAAGCAGAAACAAAACGCCAUCCAUGUCACAUGAUAUCACGUCACAUGACAUCACGUCACAUGACAACUUGAGUUCCAGCAGUGUUGUUCUGGCACAGAGCCAGUCCUCUCAGUCUCCCCUGGAGGUGAAGGUUCCUCUGCUACUACAGCAGCCCUGUGGCAGCUACGCAAGGCUUCCAUCUGACACACCUGACAUACAUACAGUUUAAAUAGAACCUGUUUUGUCUACUGAGGUAUAUAUAGAUAUAUAUAUAUAGAUAUAUCUAUAAUAUAUAUACCUAUAUAUCUUAUCUACUUUGUAAUCAUUCCAUGCCUAAGCCUUAAACAUGCAUGUGAAAAGUCAUCUUUCUCUUUCCCUCCUCAAUCUUCCAUGUGUGAGGAACGGCCAUGUUUUAAAGGUAGUUCAGUGGGUUGGUGUGACACAGACCAUUUUCGUCGGCCGGGUGCGGUGAUAACGAAGUAGAAGAAGCAGCCUGUGUGUGUUUUACCUAAUUAUUUUAUGUAAGUAAAUAUUUUGGAGAAAAGUACUGUUCAUUGUUUGUCAUUUACCACUACAUUGGUAUGGUUCAUUAUUAGAUCAUGUAUAUAAAACAAAACUUUAAGCUUUAUUUUCAGGUUUUCCUCUUUUCUCUCGCCAUUUCUGUUUUUCAUUUCUCCUCGCCACACUUACACACACACACACACACUUACACACAAACACACACAUUCUGAGUUUCCCCAUCCCCUGUCACUCACUGUUUCUGAUUUGUACUUGUCUCAAGACAGUAACUUUUGAAUAAAAGUAAACCAAUUUGAUUUG